CACACACACGUUGGGUGAAAUUGUUGUCUGCAUGAUGUACCUUCAUAAUGUGAAUCAAUGUAAGGGUUAGCCUGCCUCGAGACUGACAGUAGCACUGAGUCAACGAAAACCAAGGCUCCUUAUUAAAUUAUAAUAAAAUGGGACGACACAAUUGGCUCAAUUUAUUUGGCCUGAUGAACCUUCAAACCUACUUCCUAAUUUGUAUGCUAUCGUCCCACUGGUCCCUGUAGCAGCUCGCCGUAAAUAUUUAGCCCUUGGCAUUUAGUUGACCGUGUUAUUUUCAGUCUGAACCUGGUCCUGGUGUGACAGGAAAAGGAGCCUGCGUCAUGAUGGAUGUGCAUUUAAGUGUCAAUCAAACAUUUUUAUUUUUGUUUUCAUAGUCUCUGCUAUUUGGUUGUUUUGAUCAUGUUCAGUGCCAAAAUUAACUUUUUUUAGGUCGGCAACUUCGGUCGGAAUGUUAAAGAGAAAAUCCACCUUUGACUUACUGAUUUAGCAGGUUCAGGUUUUUGAAUGUGUUGCUAUGGUGAUUUAGCCAAACUUGCUAUGUUUAACCAAAAAGCCUGAUCCAAGUGUUUUUUUCCUGAAAAGGAUCCGGCUAACUCAGUUAGGAAUGAGGAACGCUGGACACUAGAUACCUAAUAUUAGAUAUUAAUAAUGUUGUUUACACAACUUCGUAUUACAAAGUUCCUCAAGAUUCAAACAAAAAAAAAACCAGAUGAUGACAAGCAAACAUAUGAAGGAACAUUAGAAAAGUUGAGGAAAAAGCUCCUGGAGCGCCACAGUAAAUGUGCUCCACGAUUGUCAAUCUGUCAGCUUUAAUAGAAUAAGAUAAACACUUUAUGUGAAUAGUCACCAGACUAAGUAAUGACAUGAGACCAGGCAAACCUUUCCAUCCAUGAAAAGAAUGAGAGCAAGUACACGCUGCACAGUGAGCAGAAUAAUUAAACAUCCUAAACACAUAAUCCUGUACAAUAAUAAUCUAUCCGGUAUUGCAGUGUUUGAGUUUCUCUCUGGUCACAGAACUUCAAAACGUAUACCGUUAGUAUCUAUGGUGGGGGCUGUUAGUCCUCUAAUCAAUUAUAAAUCUUUUUAUUUUUCUCUGUGAAUUUUCUCUUGUAGAACUUGUUCCAUUAUGUUUUCUGCAUUUGAAUUUGCAAAUGCAAUUCUGCUCAUGUUUGUUUCCCUGUUGUUGUGUCUGCAUGCCAGCCUUUCUUUUAUUGAAAUAGAAUGCCUCAUUAUCAGUUCUGCCUCUUAACCACAGUUGUGCCAGUGUUCCUCUUCUCUGUGUUUUACUACAUGCAUGCUGAUAAUGAGCCCACUGUUUGGGAGCUGAGCGGCCCCUCUCUCACAGUUCCCUUCUAAGAGACUGUUUGAUUAGUCCGACCUAAGCUAAAAGCUAUUGUGGAGCGAGUGUUCCAUGGCAACAGGACUGGCCUUGGGGAAUAAAAGAGACCCAUAGGUUUAGAGUAAGAUGAAGUCACCCAGCAGGAUUGGAUGUAACGGAAAGCCAAGCAGAGCGUUAAUCUGGGAUAUUGCUUUAAGUUAGCGUUAAUGUUGCACCACGUGACUUUCAGUGGGAGUAUAUUUGUUUACUCAGCCUUCCUGGUUAGUUGGCAGUAAACUCAAACAUUGAAAGACAGUGCACAUCUGUCACCUAAAAAAGGUGAAGGUGAUGACAGAAAAUGAGCUGCUGGGUUACGCGUGUGAACAGUUCCUGGGGAAGUCGGUCAUUGAGAUCAAGAGCGUCAUUCUGCAGACGCUUGAGGGUCACCUGCGCGCCAUCCUUGGCACCCUAACUGUCGAGCAAAUUUACCAAGAUCGGGACCGAUUCGCCACUCUGGUGCGAGAGGUGGCAUCACCAGAUGUGGGCCGCAUGGGCAUCGAGAUCCUCAGCUUCACCAUCAAGGAUGUGUACGAUAAAGUGGAGUACCUGAGCUCGCUGGGCAAAACCCAGACCGCCGCAGUACAGAGGGACGCAGACAUCGGAGUGGCGGAGGCCGAGAGGGACGCUGGCAUCAGGGAAGCAGAGUGUAAGAGGGAAAUGAUGGAUGUCAAGUUCUUGGCUGAUACAAAAAUGGCCGACUCCAAACGGGAGCUGGAAAUGCAGAAAGCUUCCUUUAAUCAGGAAGUGAACACAAAGAAAGCAGAGGCUCAGCUGGCGUACGAGCUGCAGGCGGCCAAACAGCAGCAGAACAUCCGCCUGGAGGAGAUUGAAAUCGAGGUGGUGCAGAGGAAGAAGCAGAUCACCAUCGAGGAGAAGGAGGUCAUUCGCACUGAAAAGGAGCUCGUUGCCACCGUGAAGAGACCCGCCGAGGCGGAAGCUUACAAGAUGCAGCAGCUGGCUGAGGGACGGAAGAUAAAGACGGUGCUCACGGCGCAGGCAGAGGCCGACAAAAUCCGCCUCCUCGGCGAGGCCGAGGCUUCCUCCAUUGAAGCGGUGGGCAAGGCAGAGGCCGAGAAGAUGAGGCUGAAGGCUGAAGCCUACCAGCUGUACGGCGAGGCGGCCAAGACAGCUCUGGUGCUGGAGGCUCUACCUAUGAUUGCCAGUAAGGUGGCUGCACCACUGGCCAGGACCAGUGAGAUCGUCAUCCUGAGCGGGGAUGGCAGCCGCGUGACCGGAGAAGUAAACCGUCUAUUGGCUGAGCUCCCUGUGUCCGUCAAUGCCCUCACCGGAGUGGAUCUGACUAAGAUCCCUUUUCUCCAGAAAAUGAUGAACCCACAGUGCCAGACAGCCAUGUGAAGAAUGAGGCCAGAGACCCGUCUCUCUGAAGCCUUCGACAUUCAUCUGCCUGAAGCAUGACAGUUUUUUUUUUUGUGUGUGUGUAUUUUUUCAGGAGUCAGCCUCUGACCCCGUAUGCAACUGCCUUUGACCAGAAACACUUGACAUCCGCCAAGAAGUUUUAAAAAUAUAUAUUUUUGUUUAAUUUCUGGGGCCUUAACCUCCAGAGGACCAGUCUAUAUGUAUCAUCUGUUGUUUCUCAACCGUUCCUUGUCACACUGCACUAGUUACCCAGGAUGUUAUGCUGUUUCUACUCUUUCAGUCAAGGAGACUUUUUGAGGGCAAAAGUCUUGAGUUUGCCCACUUCGAAUGAGGUGUUGUUGACCAUCAUUCUUUUGAACGAGAAAACACUGGAAACAGUCCUUAACACUAAGAAUAAAUCUGAAUAUUUUUCCAGAGAUGCUCAAGUUUUUGCCUGAAGUCUUUAUCUUGAGAGCAGAACAUCGGUGAAGUAACUUGCAGUACACUGAGCACGGCGUGUUCAGCUUUCCUUUCCUCUUUGCUUUUAAAACUCUCUAUAGAUUCAUCAACUCUUAACUUGAUGGGUUACCGAGACACUGUUACAUUUAAGGCUCCCUAGAUCCUCUCUCACUGUGACUGUAGAAUUUGCAGCCUCUUCUAACAUCGGUAGCGUUGGAUUUCCCGCGCGUGUCUGUUCGUAGCCGGCGGCACACCGUCGUGUCGUCUUCCCGUUCUCAAGUGCAGUGCCUGUUCACCACUCAAGUGCCCAAACCUUAGGACCUUAGGUUUGGUUUUAGUUGGAUGUCCCGAGUAUAUUAAUGUGUCGUAGACGAAUGAAAGUUUAAUAUUGCUCCCUUUUCUCCUAUCAUCUGCUCGUACUAACAACGGUGUUUACUCUUCACUUGUGUUCCCCGUGUUUAGACACAGAGGCAGAUACCGAAGCUAAUCAAAACGCGUCAGACGAAGCCAUACUUUGAGAAGAUUAGCCUUAAAAGAUAACCCUGGGGGCGCCUGCCGGGCUCACCCAACUCUUCUUUUUAACUGGAGGUAGCACAUGGUAGACGUUCAGGGUUCGAGCUUUAACUCAUCUUGUUACUCCUCCCUCCUCUCCUCUCGCUCACAUGUGGUAACGUGUUCAGUUCCCUUUUUGCGGACUGUAGGGAUAGUUUGUGACCUUUUAAGAGUCGCUGCAGGUUGCUAGUUUGUUGCUUAUCUGACCACAACUGAUCUGUGAUGACUAAGCGGAAAUUUGAUGUUGCGUUAAGUGGGAAGAUGAGCAUGUGUUCAGGUUGUUGAUCCGUUUGUGGCGUUUGUGCUUGGGGGACGGUGGGGGGGGGGGCCUUCAGUUUGGUAAAUGUAAUGCCGUGCAGUUGGACCAGUUGCUUCAAACAUGUACGUUUUUUUUCUUCUUGCCUACGGGUCAAUCACUUAGUCUGUUACAAUCAUUCAGCUGUUGAAGGCCAGGUGGCAAAAGUGAUGUGAACGUUCCCCUAUUUAGCUGCUCUUUGAUAUGAAUUAGCUUUUUGUUCUUCCAAAAAGUUCUCCCAUUUUAUUUUUUAUGUCACACUUCUUGCCACAUCACCCGACCAGGAGGACUGCCCUUUUUUUAUCCUUACGAUUGUAAAUCAUCAUUAACCACUUAACAGAAUCUGUGACCCUUUUAAACGUGUUGUUUUAAUUUUGCCGCUGAAAGUUAAGAAGUUAUUAUAAUGGCACCAUUUUCCUUUUCCCUCUUUGAAUAAACAUGCGGCUCGUUUGGUCUGAGCAACUUUCAUCUGGUUUCUGUUUUUGACAAAUAAUGCUCAAGUUAAGUUGCUGCCUGGUUUGGCGCCGAUACAAAAAUACUGUUAAUACGUUUAAAUACCCUCAUUUGGAAAUGGGCCAGUACAAGUGAUUGCCGACGUCUGAUAUCGGUCACCAGCCAAGAUCACCAUGGUCUUGUUUACACGCUGUGAGAAGUCACAUUUCAGUGUGUUCUUUGAGACAAAAGUCAUUUCUUGUCAUCAUCAUUAAGAAUACAGAAACAGUGGCAGAUAUGGAAAUGUAAAACUACCCACUCACUGUAGUUUCUGAAUACAUGUUAGACGGGGAUUGGAGCAGUUGCAGAAUCUAAGACGGUUUAAAAAGUGGCCACUCCCGUCGUUUUUUUUUUGUCACAUAUCUGAAGUAGUAAACUUUGGGUGUUUUUACACUGGUGCAAGGUUAAAUCAUUUUAACUGUUGGAUUAAAUACUUAAUGCUCCUUUAUUUAGAAAAGUAGAUACUGUUUUUGUACACCGUGCCUUUGUCAGAUAAUGAAGAGGUAAAUCAUACUCAGAUUUGUUAAGAGUGGGGUAGAGUUUAAUGAAUUUACUGUAAAACAGAAACCGGCUCAAAGAACAUCUGAGCGUUAAACAUACAGUGUUCAUCUGUACGUUUUUUCUUCCUGCCUUUUCUGUUUAUUAACUUUACAUUCUGUGAUGCAAAUGUACAAAGGAACAUCAUCAUAUAUAGCAUCUAUUUAAAUGGUAAAUUAAUAACAAUGUAAUGAAUAGCUUCACUUUUGAUAUCUGGAUCUUUUCAAGGUGUUUCAUUUGUUUGACCCUUAUAUUUUGUGCCAAAUUUACACUUUCAUGAUUUGUCUAAUAAGAAUAGAGGCAACCUUUUGUUGCUUAAAGUGAAAUGUUGGAGAGCGUGAUUAACACUAGACAGACCUAAGCCUUAACUCUCGUCUUCACCUGAAACAUGUCCAUCUGUCAUGGAAAUCAUCUGUUAUCGCUAUUAAUAACAAAGUUAUAUAUCGUGGAUUUACCUUGUGACUUCACACUCCACAGGCCUUUGCAUAACUUGCACUUGGUAACUCCAGCAUGUUAUUUUAUGCACGCCUUCAUGUUGUUCGUGUUGUAUUCUGCCCUAUAAUAAACAUUAUACCCCCUCCU